AUGCUGAACGGUUGGUUUCUGUAUAUCCCUGCGAUCUUGUAUUUGAUUUACCGGCGAUAUUGCACCACCAGGCGGCGGCAUCUUGCAUUCAUUGUCAUUUUGCUUCUCUUUAUCUGCUGUCCGAUGCCCCGGAAUCUCCGUGCGAGAAGGUGGAAGAUGUGGAAUCUGUUGCACCGCUAUCACCGCGCGACAGUCAUUGUCGAAGAUGCCAAGAGCCUCCCCCCGCGGAAGCCCACCAUUUUUACAGCGAUUCCUCAUGCAAUCGUCCCCGUUGCACAGGCUGUUCUUCCCACCGGUGAAUUCGGUUCACUGCUGGGCUACUUCACCAUUGCGGUCGCUUCGAUCGUGAAAUACGUACCGGUCUACGGUCACUUCUCGCGCCUUGUCGGCAGCGAGGAUGCAUCUGGCACUAAGUUGAAGGAGGUCCUUUCUCGUCGUCGCCAAAGUAUCCUCAUUUCUCCGGGUGGCAUAGCAGAGAUGUACACUGUCGAUGAGAAAACAGAGAAACUACAUUUGAAGGACCGACAAGGACUGCUGAGACUUGCCUUACAGACAGGAGCAGACGUCGUCCCAGUCUACUGCUUCGGGAAUUCCGAGACAUUUAGGCUUCUGAAAGGAAGCGAGAGGUUCCAAACCCUUGCAAGGUUCUUUCGAAUGGCCAUAUUACUCUUCUACGGUCGCUUUGGCUUGCCAAUACCGUUCGAGGUGCCGCUUUUGUAUGUCAUUGGCCGCGCUAUGCGUCUCCCAAAAAUCGAGAAUCCCACAUCGGAGGACGUCAAAAUCGCUCAUAUGCGCUACAUAUCAGAGGUUAGGCGGAUUUUCAGCACGUACAAAGGACUCUAUGGCUGGAAAACAAAGGAGCUUAGUAUUCAAUGA